CACUGGCCUCCUCCGUUUCCUCCCUCUCUCCUCUCCUCCUUCAUUCCCUCCCUCUCUUCUAUUUUCUAUGGGCGGAGAAACGGAAAUGUGGGAGGUGUGUUUUCUCUCCGUGUUUCUUUCACGGAAGAGACCAGAGGCAAAGAAGCGCGCCUGACUCAAGGACGAAGCGGACCUACGGCGAUAAGAAUCAAAAUAAACGGAGCACAGAGGAGCAGAAGGAGAUCCGUGCGCAGCCGCAGAGGAGCGGAGGUUCGGCUGCAGCUGUCAUGGGACUCUGCCCGUCCUCGUAGCGGAACCAGGCGACCCGCGGACCAGAGGGAGAACAGGCACCGGGAGCGGACAUGGCCCACGUAGGCAACGGAGCGGCCGCAGAGGAGGAGGACUGCUUCGAAGAUGCCUUUGAUCGGAUACCUGCGGCGGGUAGCAUGGAUCUGCAGACUGCCAUCCAGGAGACUCAGUGUGCUCUCAACCUGGUCCUCAACAACAAGUUUUCUCAAGCCCUGGAUCUCCUCAAACCAUGGUGGAGGGACAGCAUGUACCACGCUCUGGGAUACAGCAGCAUCCUGGUGAUGCAGGCGACCAUGACCUUUGAGCACAGAGACAUCCAGACUGCCAUGGCAACCAUCAAGGAGGCGUUGCACACCUGUCAGAGGUUCAGGAAGAAGAACUCGAUGGUCGGAUCUCUGUCCGGGCUGAUCAGCAAGCAGUCCAACCUGCAGGAAGGAGAGAUGCACGCAGAGCUUUGCUACGCUGAAUGUCUGCUGCAGAAAGCAACGCUGACGUUUGUACAGGAUGAGAACAUGAUCAGUUUCAUCAAAGGAGGGAUCAAGAUUCGGACCAGCUACCAAAUCUACAAGGACUGUCAGAAUGUGCUCAAUGCCACUCAAGACGUGGCCGGCCAAUCAGAUUCAUUUAGACAGUUCGAGGGUGGAGUCAAGCUGGGCAUUGGCUCUUUCAACCUGAUGUUGUCUCUCCUCCCUCAGAGAAUUUUGAGGUUGUUGGAGUUUAUCGGGUUCUCAGGAAACAGGGGCUUUGGUUUGUCCCAGUUGAGAGAGGGAGCUUCCAGCCACAGUUUGCGGUCAAUCCUCUGUGUUCUGACUCUGCUCUUCUACCACACAUACGUCUCACUCAUACUGGGAACUGCAGAGGGGAACCUGGUGGAAGCUGAAGCUCUGCUGGAGCCAUACCAACAGAAAUACCCCAAAGGCUCCAUAAUCCUCUUCUACUCUGCUCGCAUUGCCGCGCUGCGAGGAAACUUUGAGAAGGCUCGGGCCAAGUACGAGGAGUGUGUGAGCAGCCAGCAGGAGUGGAAGCAGAUUCACCACUUGUGUUACUGGGAGCUCAUGUGGACUCACUCGUACCAGCAGGAGUGGGAACAGGCAUACCAAUAUGCUGACUUGCUGUGCAAGGAGAGUCGCUGGUCCAAGGCUAUCUAUGUUUACCAGAAGGCAGCCAUUUUAAGCAUGAUGUCAGAGGAGGAGCUGAAGAAGACUGGGGAGAAUGUUGUGGAGCUCUUCAGGCAGGUGGAGGGGCUGAAACAGCGCCUGGCUGGGAAGUCCAUUCCAACGGAGAAAUUUGCAGUGAGGAAGUCCAGGCGUUACAAAGCUGCUAACCCCAUCCCCCUGGUCAUCCCUUUGCUGGAGAUGAUGUACGUGUGGAAUGGUUUCACCAUCGUCGGAAAGCGAGCCGACUGUGCCGAGUCCCUGCUGGUAACCAUAGAGAAGGCAGAGGAGCAGCUUCGCAAUGACCCCAAUCCGUCAGAGUUUCACACAGAUGACAGCUGUCUGGUCCAGAUGUUGAAGGGACUCUGCCUGAAGCACCUGGGCAGGUUACUGCAGGCUGAGCUGUGCUUCACACAGGUGCUCUCCAGUGAGGGUCGGAUCAGAUAUGAUCACUACUUGAUUCCUUUCACCCUUUAUGAGUUGGGUCUGCUGUAUAAACAACAGGGAGACUUCCUCAAGGCCACCACAUACAUCGAGAACGCCAAGACGAACUACAAGGACUACUCCAUGGAGUCCAGACUGCACUUCAGGAUCCACGCAGCCCUUAACAGCCUCAAAGGAUCACCUGCCGGCACCCCAUAAUACACAAAAACAUGAGUCAGACUGCAGCUGUUUGUUUAGCUGGAGUGAAGAAAGAAGUGGAGGUGUGUUUGGGUUUUAAGAGGACACCUCCACCUGGGUUUUUUUUUUCCUCUGAAUUAUGUUUUACAUUUUUUAUUUAUUUUUCUGCAGUUUGGAAAGAUUGGAUUAUAAUUACUUGCACAUGCACUUCUUCUACCAGUUAAAAUAGAGACUUCACUGGUAGAGCAAUGGUUCAAUCAGUGCAGGUUUAUCUGUAACUUAAAAACUGAUACAGGCUCUUUUUGAGUCCAUACGGCUCUUUCACUCAGAGGCACUUUGCAUAGGAGAACAACUAUGAAGUCUUUCAUAGCUAAUAUCUGAUUGGACUGCUGCACUUUUUCAUGUAAAAGCACAAGAUAAAAAAACUAGCAAUUAUAUGUCAGCCCACAGGAGAGACCCAGUCACUGACAAAUCGUCUUGGAAAUCCAGUCACCAAGUUCUCUUUUGCAGCUCUGUGUUAGCUUCCUUGCAUUUCUCUGUCUGAAUGGGCCCAAAAUAUAAAUCUGUUGUUUAUGAUUUCAGUUAUUUAUCGUGGAAGACAUGAUUUUCUUUUUUUUGUCUAUGAAUCAUAAACAGGAAGUGAAGUGCAAACCACUAAAGAUGAAUACUAGAACACACUGUUCAUCUUUAGCAGUUUGCACGUUCUUUGCCUUUUUCUUUUCCUACAUGCCACACAUGCACGCGACGCACAAGUGUGUCCGUGCAUAAGCAAUCACAGCCUUCUCACCGACUGUGGCUUAAACAGGAAACACUGAUACGGUGUAGUACACUCCUUCCAAGCUUGCACAGACUGGGCAAUAUGCAGAUUUAAAAGAACAACGCAGUAAUGGCUGUAAACGCACACAUUUAACAGCAAUACAAACAAAUUUGUGCUGUUAGUAAGUUCUGAGUUAUUCUGUCGGUACGUCAGAGUCCACGUUCUAUGUCUCAAACGCAGGGCUGCUUUGGUGGCGCUGAUCGUCUCUUAGAAGCCUGAAAUAAAAAGCUCAAAAACAAAACAAUCUAACAGGUAAAAACAUCUACAACAUAACAGAUGCAUUAAGUUUCUUCUUUGUUGUUCCUUGAGUUAAAAAAAUCCUUGAAUGGUGCUUUUUAUACAGCCCUUCAGUUCAUCCUGUAUCUGAAACACGUAAUAUUAGAUUUUUAUGUCUUUUCUUCUAGACUUCUCGGAUCGGAGUUACCUGUCAUAAUAGUCGUUUUGGACGUUACAAACAAAAAACUAAAUUAACCAGUGUAGGUGUAUCAAUUCAGAGAAAUGAAUCACUUCCCACUUAGCUCCAUCUUCUGAUGCCAUGUGGAACUGUUACUUUCUAGUUAAGGCACGCUAGUCUGGUGUUGAAAGAUCAUCCAAAGACAGUCCCCUGGAAAUACCUAAGAAUAAUUGAAUUAAAGAAAACAGCAAGGUAUGAACCAAACCAUGGACUGAUUACUUGCUACACCCCUUUUGUUUUGGCCUCAAACAUUAAUCACAGUACCACUAAUACAUAUCCUAAAACCAGAUUUCUCUUGAGAUCAACAUUAAGCAACCUCAGAUACAAAACUCCCAAUCUUACUAGUAUAGCUAAUAUUUAAAUGGACAUAGAAUAUAAUGUGGAAUUACUGCUUACUUUGAAAUCUGCAUUUAUACUUACCUUUUUUUUUGCCACUAAACUCGAACCUCAGUCUUUCGUAAACACUGGAUUGAAAAUACAUUAUUUAUGGUAAAGCAGUAAAACGUAACCGGUCAAACAAAGUUAAGCAUAAAUAGUUUAUAAAACAAAAACUAACGACCCUUAACAUUUUUUUUUAAUUCAAAGUGAGCUAGCUAAUAAAUUAACUAAUAUUUUGAAUAAAUAAGUUAAUAUAUAACUGAUUACUUUGAAAUAUAUAUUGUCACUUGUGAUUGUUUUACCUUUGAUGAUCUUCAAAUUGAGUCAGUGCUGGUGGUCAAAGGCUAACUGCAAUAUUUCAGCAUCAAUUGCAAUAUUGUCCAAAAUUACUGUGUUUGAAAUAUGUGCAAUACAUUUUUAAAGCCAUAAUUCUCGUUGCCUUAGACUGAGAUUAAGUUGCCCUGAAAAUCAUGCUAACCCUGGCACAAGCGGCAACCUGAUUUGGUAUAAAGUGUGAGUUAAUGAUUACUCGGCUAAAGAAAUGUAGUUCUUUACCUGCUCAAAGAGAUGAUUUCUUCAUACUGAAGCAGCUCUGCCUUUGGGAAAUAUUUGCAUAACCAAGCCGUCCCUCACUCCAUGAUUGCUCAACGGUCUGUUGGGAGAAAACACCAAGACUAAAGGCUUUACGUUAAUUCUAGUCGACGUUCUUGAUGAUUACAGCUUUGGUUAUGAUCACACAUGUUCUGGAAGAUGUCUGUUUGUUUCUUUGUUUAUGUUGUGUUGCUUUCUGUUAAAUAACAUAAAUUAUGUAGAUCUACAGUGUACAUGAAGAGCAACUUUAGUGUCUAAUCAUGUACAGAUGAAUCAGGAUAAGCACAAUCUAUACCUAAACAAGAUUUUAUUAUUAUUAUUAUUAUUAUUAUUAUUAUUAUUAUGUGCUGUGUGUUAACACAUCAGAUAAUUACUCAGUUCUCAGAGGACAGUAAAGGACAGUUUAUCCCUAAAAUGUUGUAAGCUUAACUUAAAAUGUCUGAAAAACUACACUAAUGCUCGUCAAAGUAAGCACAUCUUUGCUUCCAUUUUAAACAUAAGUGUGAUGGACCCGCUUGAGUUGUACUUGAAUAAAUGACAAUUAGCCUUCUCCAUUUCAUGAAUGUAUCAACCUAAAGACCAAAUUCUCCACAUGUGUCUUGCUGGAUGUGUGUUUUGAUUUGAUUUUAUUUGACGUGUUUUCUGUGCCUGUAUGUUUUUGGAUGUGAUUUUUCUUCAUGUCUUUGUGUGAUCUGAAACUUUGCUUCCAAACUACGUAAUUUGCCAACAUUCACUGAUAUUAUUAUUAAUAACAGUCCAGUAAAAGACCACAGUCAUCUGUCGAAAAAAGUUGUAGCAAUGAAAAUGCUUAAGUCCCAGUUUUGUCCUGUGAGUAUACUGCAAUGUUAUUCCUACCUAAAAUUUCAGCUAGAAAGACUUAAGACAUCUGACUCUGUGAGGAUUAUUAAAAAUGAUCAAGUAGUUUUAAAAAGAUAUUCUGUGUCUCUUUGUGCAAUAAAAUGUUGCUUUAACGAUGCUAGAUGCAAUUUUAGCAUUGCACUCAUC